AUACAGAAUUGACUGUAAUUUGACCACUUUUUUUCCCGCCUUCGUACACUAUGUAUCUCCACUUAUACAGGUACUCACAUCGUAAAAGGUCCAAAAGAAGAGAAAACCCUUCUCACUAAGUAAAGUCAUACCUAUUUCUCAGUCGCUUCCUCACCCCCCAGUACGACCAACUGCAUGUGCUUCCUUGGAUCAGGACCUUUCACUGAUCCUACACCUCACUUCUCAACUAUCAAACCCUAAACGGGGAUUAUUCUUUUGAUUGAUUUGUGAAUACAUGAUAUGGGAAAUUAAGAACCAAAUGCGAGGUUCUCAAAGAUUAAUAGCGACAAAGGUUACAGUGGUUGCUCCAAGGAGCUUCUGAGGCUUCAUUUUCUUCCAAGAUGCUUUUGCUAUUCCAUCCAACAUAAUGAAAUAAGAAAUCAGCACUCAAGUGGGAAUUCACCACUCCUACUAUGUUGUGUGUAUUGUGGUUGGUCAGUGCUAAGGACCACUUCUACAUGGGUUUUUGACAUGUAACCCACAUUCAGAUGCAUCAGAUUGCUUCACUGUUAUUUAGUAUUGAGAAAUGAGCACCUUCAAUGUACUGGAGAUUGUUCUCAAGGAUAUCCUUCUUGUGAUUAUUCCCUCAAGGGAAGAUUGGGCUAUUCGAAAUCAACUCAUUGUUGACUUCCGAACAGCUGUUGAUUCUGUGGAAAGUUUGAGAGGGGCAACUGUGGAGCCCUUUGGAUCAUUUUUAUCUAAUCUUUACACACGAUGGGGAGAUUUAGAUAUUUCUAUAGAGUUGCCAAAUGGUGCGUACAUUUCAUCUGCUGGAAAAAAGCACAAACAGACUCUACUGGGACAUGUAUUAAACGCUUUGAGAAGUAAAGGUGGGUGGCGAAAAUUGCAAUUUAUCCCCAAUGCAAGGGUCCCGAUUAUCAAAUUUGAAAGCUACCACCCGAACAUCUCGUGUGAUGUUUCAAUAAAUAAUCUGAAGGGCCAAAUGAAGUCCAAAUUCUUAUUUUGGAUCAGUGGCAUAGAUGGGCGCUUCCGUGACUUGGUUUUACUGGUCAAGGAAUGGGCCAGAGCACACGAUAUUAAUAAUUCAAAGACUGGAACUUUGAAUUCAUAUUCUCUGAGUUUGCUAGUUGUUUUCCAUCUUCAGACAUGCAGACCUGCAAUUUUACCUCCACUUAAAGAAAUCUAUCCAGGAAAUGUUGCUGAUGAUCUUAUAGGUGUGAGGGCUCUUGUAGAGGGACAAAUUGAAGAAACCAGUGCUGAAAACAUUAACAGGUUCAAGAGAGAGAGAUCCAGAGUACCUAAUCGAAGUUCUUUGUCUGAGCUUUUCAUAUCAUUCCUUGCAAAGUUUGCUGACAUUAGUUCCAGGGCCUCAGAGCAAGGCAUUUGUCCAUACACUGGACAGUGGGUAGACAUAGAUAGCAAUAUGAGAUGGAUGCCAAGAACUUAUGAAUUAUUCGUUGAGGAUCCUUUUGAGCAGCCAGAAAAUACUGCCAGGGGUGUUCGCAGUAGACAGCUACAAAGAAUAUCUGAAGCAUUUCAGACAACUCACCAGAGGCUUACCUCAGCCAAUCAGGAUCAAAAUUCUCUAAUUGAUACUCUAGUCAGACCACAGAUUGCACAAUUUAUUAGAAGAGCACCCAGCAGGAACUCAAGUGCUUAUGGUAGAAAUAACUCCAGGACUUAUCCAUCGGUGCCCAAUGUUGCAAACUCGCCAUUGCAAUUUCAAAACGAUUUUCAGAAUAGAAGACCUCAAAGUCGUCCCAACACGACUUCACAGAGAUCUGCACCUGUUCAGGCACGUCCGAAUUCCAUGACAAUGCAGAGAUCUAUGUAUACACGACCAGGCUCUUCGACUGUGCAGAGAAGUGCGCAGCAGGCAACUCAGAGUCAAAGCCAGCGAGUGUGGAGGCCAAGAUCUGAUAGAUAGAAGGUGUUGAACGAGCUACUGUUCUCAGAGGAGUCUUUGCUGACUAGUGCGGAUUUUGGUAAAAAGAAAUACUCCAUAGUUGGUAACGUUGGCUUUCCAAGGAAAGAUGGUCUAUGGAUGAUAAUAUUGAUGUGUUUGUGUUUUGUUAUGUCCAAUUUUGGUCUGCAGUCAGCACUCUCUUGGAGCUUGAAACUGUCACCACCCUCAAUACAUUAUAAGAACUGUCAAUUUUCUUGGUAUUAUUCCAAUAUUCCUUAUGGCUAUUGUGGACUUGUACAUGAGAAAGAAGUGAAUUGCCUCCUAAGAGCAUGACAUGAUCACAUGUUCUUGUUCUGCUUCAAUAUCAUCAUUAUGCUUUCUCACUGUAAUGGUCGUCCUAAUGGAUGUAGAAAAAUAGGCUUGUUGCCAUUUUGAA